CAGCAUUUUCGUACAUUUUCUCGGGGAUAUUUCUUUUUUUUCCGCGAAAACUUGUUGGACACCGCAAGCUAAAGUUCUUUGGUUCGAGUUAAAAAGAGUACAAAGCAAAGGAGACUGACUGCCUAAACCCCACCUCCAACAUUCACACCGCCGACCGUACCUCGCUCUCUGUUUUCUGGAGUUACGCUGAUGGCAGAGGAAAAGGUGGACACAACACAUGUCCCAACUGAGGAAAAUGGGACUGUAGAGCCUUCAAGUGGCAAUGAAGAUCCUGCUGUGCAAAAUGAUGAAGAUGAGGAAAAAGAAGCCACAAAGAAGAAAAAGAAGAAAAACAAAAACAAGAAGAAGAAAGCCCCGUCAGAGCAGACUAGUCCACCAUCUACGCUUCAACAGACUGAUCCGCCGUCUAUUCCUGUUAAUGAGCUUUUCACUUCUGGGGAGUUUCCUGAAGGGGAAAUCCAAAACUACAAAGAUGAUAACUUGUGGAGGACUACCUCUGAAGAGAAGAGGGACUUGGAGCGUCUUGAAAAACCAAUAUAUAACUCAGUUCGCCGAGCAGCAGAAGUUCAUCGUCAGGUUAGGAAAUAUAUCAGAAGCAUCUUGAAGCCUGGAAUGUUAAUGACUGAUUUAUGUGAGACAUUGGAGAACACAGUCCGCAAGUUAAUAGCCGAAAAUGGUUUGGAAGCAGGCAUUGCUUUUCCGACAGGAUGCUCUUUGAAUUGGGUUGCUGCUCACUGGACUCCAAACACAGGAGAUAAGACUGUGCUUCAAUAUGAUGACGUGAUGAAGUUGGACUUUGGAACUCAUAUUGAUGGAUAUAUAGUCGACUGUGCUUUUACUGUGGCAUUCAACCCUAUGUAUGAUCCAUUGCUUGAAGCCUCUCGUGAAGCAACCAAUACUGGUAUCAAGGAGUCUGGAAUCGAUGUUCGUCUUUGUGAUGUUGGUGCUGCAAUCCAAGAGGUCAUGGAGUCAUAUGAGGUUGAAAUUAAUGGAAAGGUAUAUCAAGUUAAAAGUAUUCGAAACUUGAAUGGACAUAGCAUUGGACGCUACCAAAUACAUGCUGGAAAGUCUGUUCCUAUUGUGAAAGGAGGAGAGCAGACAAAAAUGGAAGAGGGUGAAUUUUUUGCAAUUGAAACUUUUGCAUCAACAGGGAAAGGAUAUGUCAGGGAAGAUCUAGAAUGCAGCCAUUACAUGAAAAAUUUUGAUGCCGGCCACAUUCCUCUGAGGUUGCCAAGGGCAAAGCAAUUGCUCGCAACGAUUAACAAGAACUUUUCCACAUUGGCCUUCUGUAGACGGUAUUUAGACCGUCUAGGGGAAACCAAAUAUCUUAUGGCAUUAAAGAAUUUGUGCGACACUGGUAUAGUCCAGCCCUAUCCUCCCCUUUGUGAUGUUAAGGGAAGCUACGUAUCUCAGUUUGAACACACCAUCUUACUGCGGCCAACAUGCAAAGAGGUCAUUUCCAGAGGUGAUGACUACUGAGAUGGAAGGACUUAAAUUUUGUUGCUAGUGCAUGGCGGCUGUACUAUACUGAAAAAUGAAGGGGAACAAAAAAAGAUAUGAACUUAUUUAUGCUUCAAAUUUUCUACCUUAUUUUUAUGUUUGUUUCUUUCUUAUUCAGUUCUAUUGGACCGAAUACUUGUACUACUCGUAUGCUCUUUCUGUAUUUAACAUAUGCUGAUUAGAAGAGUUUAGAGGGAUUCGAACACAUUGACCUCUUUGUUCCUUUUCAUCAUUUUUUGUCUUGUUUAUUUAGCCAAAAAGAAAGAAAAGC